AUGCGGAAGGUAGAUUCCGGGUCGAGUGGAAGCAGAUCCAAUCCUAAACAAGGCUAUACUUUUGCGAGUGAGAGUAGCCAUAGUGUUGAGUGUUAUUCCGUUGAUAAAGUGGAGUAUAUACGAAAUAUGACCUACGGAGUGUUGUUUGAUGAUAUUGUGUCCGUUACGGGCUAUAAUGCUGUUCCAAGAUAUUCUAAGAAAUUUCAGGGCUCCAGUCCAGAUCUCUGA